UUACUAAUAUGUAAUUUUUCUUGACAAGGUAUUUGUAACUUGGGUGAUUAUUGUUACAAGUACACUUAUCUCACCUUCCACUCAGAGUUGUGUAACUCAGUGGUUUGACCAAGAUGACCCCAGUGAUGAAAAGGGAGACCGUGAGCUCUUGGCUGACCUUCUCAAUAUAUAUCCUGGACAAAUAUGUCCAAAUCCAAUCGAUAUAGAUGUAGAGCCAGUCUCCGGGAUACCAUCAAAUGAAACCUCCAUUUUCAUUUCAGAAGUGAUAUAUAAUUCAACAAUUGGGUUUGAGUGCAUAAAUUCAAACCAGAGUGGAAUAUGUGAUGAUUAUAAGGUGCGCUUCACCUGCCCAGAGGAAUGGUGUUCAACAUGUAGGACACCUUGGUUUGACCAAGAUAAUCCAAAUAUAAUAGGAGACUCUGAGACUCUGCCAUCAAUCAUGUUGAAAUACCCACUACAGGUCUGCACUCAGCCCAUUGCUAUUGAGGUCGCAACCACUAGUGGGAUCCCUGUACUGCCGGAUGCACGUUUUCCAAUAUAUGACCCAACUCAGGGCUUUACUUGUGUGAAUCCACCACUGAUUGAAUGGUGGUGGUGGAAGUGGUGGUGUAAGGACUACAAAGUUCGUUUCACAUGUCCGAGGAGUUUUUGCAAACCAAAGUGUGUAACAAGGUGGUAUGAUACUGACGACCCUGAUACGAAUGGAGGCGAUUUUGAAUUUUUGUUUACCAUUCUCAAAAAGUACCCUGGAGAAAUAUGUCCAAAUCCAAUUGCUAUAGAGGCUCAGACUGUCUCUGGAGAUCCUGUGUAUCAAACUGGAAAUAACAUUCAACUGCAUAUUUCAGCAUUUGGGUUUUCUUGCACACAUGUAAAACCAGGAUUUUGUGCUGACUAUAAGGUGCGCUUCACCUGCCCAGAUGAAUGGUGUUCAACAUGUAGGACACCCUGGUUUGACCAAGAUGAUCCAGAUCAAGACGGAGACUGGGAGACUCUGUCAUCAAUCCUGUUGAAAUACCCACUACAGGUCUGUGUUCAGCCCAUCGCUAUUGAGGUCGCAACCACUAGUGGGAUCCCUGUACUGCCCGAUGGACAUUUUCCAAUAUAUGAUCCAGCACAGGGCUUUGCUUGUGUGAAUCAACCACUACAUGGAUGGUGGUGGUUGAUUUGGUGGUGUAAGGACUACAAGGUCCGUUUCACAUGUCCAAGGAGUUUUUGCCAACCAAAGUGUGUAACAAGGUGGUUUGAUUUUGACGACCCUACAAAAGGAGGCGAUUUCGAACUCUUGACAACCCUUCACCAAAAUUACCCUGGAGAAAUAUGUCCUAAUCCAAUCGGAAUACAGGCUCAGACCGUCUCUGGCCAGCCGGUGUAUCAAACUGGAAAUUACAUUCAACUGUGA